CGGUGGUGGCGGCGAGCGAGAUGCCCGGGUGGAGCUGGGCCGGCUUCGACGACUUCGCAGCCGAGGGAGAGUUCAUCACACUGCACGGGACUACAUUGCAGGAGGCUGGAUUCAUUGAGUGGGCCUCCGACGAACCAACGGAGGACUUGCGAUGUGGAGUGGUGAGUGCAGAUGGCCUCUUGGGCACUGGCAACUGUGACUGGAAGAGAGAGUUCAUAUGCGAAUUCCACAGCCCAGACGAGCACGUUCGCGAGGCGCGCGACCCCGAGCUGCCCGUGGGCUACGUG